CGCCUUGGUGACGAGAAAGAGACCAAUCUUACAAUUGAUCAGAUUAUUACCCAGACGCUAGGAGGCGUUGACGUUGCUGCCCAGAAGAUGAGAUCGCCAGGGGAUAACAUUCUCGCUGAAUUGGACAUGGUCUUAACACAGGAGCAGUUCAUUUCUCUUUAUACCCCGCCCUCCAAUGAAACCAGAACGAAGAGAAAAGCAGUCAAGGAUCCUGCUCUAAGAUGGGCUAAUAACGAAGUACCUUAUAAAUUUGCCUCACGACAUUUUGAUGAAAAAGAACAAUACAUGAUGAGACAAGCUAUGACAGAAUGGGAGAGAUACACGUGUCUCAGAUUUAGAAAGGCGACAAAAACUGAUAGAAAUGUUCUCCUGUUCCAGAAUGGCGAAGGAUGCAACUCUCAGCUCGGAAUGGUCGGUGGAUAUCAAGUUUUAAAUUUAGAAAACCCCGGAUGUAGAUAUAAAGGAUUAUACCUUCACGAAGUGGGUCACGCGAUAGGAUUAGUGCACGAACAUCAGCUUCCUACCCGAGACGACUACAUCAAAAUCCUGUACCACAACGUGGAACCCCAGAUGAGAGUCUGGUUCAACAAAUACUCCCCAGCUCGAGUCAGGACCGAUAAUGUUGAAUAUGAAUAUUCAUCCGUCAUGCAUUAUGGUAUUACGGCGUUUUCGAAAGAUGGUAGCGCAAAGACUAUAGAGGCCAAGUUUCCGUCACGAGAAGAAGAAAUUGGAAGAGUGUUUCUAAAAGAGUUAGCUUUCUCCGACGUGAAAGCUGUCAACGAUAUGUAUAACUGUGGUGAAUUUUGUCCCAAAACAAUUACGUGUAAAGAUGGCGGCUAUGUAGAUCAGAAUUGUAAAUGUAUCUGUCCGGAUGGUACCUCCGAUUGUCAGGAAGAUUCCAACAGACCACAAGAAAAGGACGAUACGUGUGUCAACCUAUUUGACGACUGGCCAUGUAAUGUGUGGGCUAACUAUGGAGAGUGCGAGAGAAAUCCCCAGUAUAUGAACCUAAACUGUCGUAAAGCCUGUAGAUUAUGUGGGGUCAACUACCAACGAUAUGAAGGCACAUGUAGUGACGUAUUCCCUAGUGACAAAUGUACUAGUUGGAAAGAAAAUGGCGACUGUGUAACCAACCGGUUAUGGAUGAAAAGAAAUUGUAAAAGGGCCUGUAAUUUCUGUGAUUCGAAGGACGAUGAUCUGAUAAAACCAGAAGUAAAUUGUAACAAUACCCACGAGGACGAAGAAGAGUGUGAUAAAUGGGCUCUAGAAGCCGAAUGUAACAUCAAUAAAAUUUGGAUGCCUAAAAACUGCCGAAAGUCAUGUCGUCUGUGUGAUGCUGAUAUAACUCCGCCUAAAGAAGAUGGCGACGGUGACGGAGAUGGUGAUGGUAAGUUAUCUCCCUUGUCUCAAAGGUCAAAGCGAUGGUCUAAGGGACGUAACUCUUUUUUAAAUGUCGUUCAAUACUACAGACUACAAACGUUUUAUACUAUCAUUCAAAUAACUGAAGAACAAAAAAUCUUCACCACAAACUUGCGAGAAUGUAAGAAUCUGUACGACAGUAUGCAGUGUGCGAUUUGGGCGGAGGAAAAUGAGUGCGAGAAGAAUCCAGUAUGGAUGAAGGAUAAUUGUGCGAAGGCCUGUAAACAAUGUAAACCGGACAACAAACCGCAAAUAUGGUGCAUAAAUCCACACAAAUCCCCCCAAAAUAAGAAAAUAUUGUCCAUUUCAGGAAGCUGUAGUAAUUCCCAUAACGAUAUAGAAUGUAAGAUCUGGGCUGACAGCGGACAUUGUGAGAUCAACCCGGAGUGGAUGACAUCUCAUUGUCGACUGUCCUGUAGGAAAUGUCGAGAUUCGCCUGAUACCGGAACGGGAGUCGGCACUACUCUAACACCAUCUGGUAAGCUAUAG